UAUUUUCUGUUAACCGCGAGCACGUAGGCACUUCCCAAGAUUUUCGUAAAAUUACGUGGCACGUCGGAGUCGAACAGGGCCGAAUUUGGUCCUCCGUUGUUCCGUUCUCGACGGCGUACACUUGGAUGAUAUUGUUGAAGCGGAGGGCGAGGGAGCGUGGCCAUUAUCGAGGAUUUGCUUGUGGGUAUCCGUGGCGAGGUGAGACGUCGAGAGGCGGCGAAAGGCGUCCCCCCUGCGUCGGGACGCGCGUCUCCCCGUGCACGGGACGGCCUAAGGCCGUAAGAGCGAGAUGCCCGAACCGCCGACGGCAUCCUUUACCACGAUGAAAAGUGAAUUAUGUCAGAAGCACUUAAUUGGUAGCCUUCAGUGAGCGAAGAUGAACAGCGAGCAGCAUGCGUUGCCAGCGACUACGCAGGCUCAACAAGAGGAUGUAAACGCGGGUCAAAGUGGUCGUCCUUCAUACCCAGGUGGUUUGGCUACUUCGACUGGCCUUGGCAAUGUGGGGAAUACCCCUCAUUCAUCCGCGGACCUGCGUGUAGGUACAGCCGUAGCGUUAGCCUCCUCGGUAGCUAAGUAUUGGGUCCUGACCAAUCUGUUUCCCGGACCGCUACCUCAGGUCUCGGUCUACCACCAUUCCCACCACAACUCCUCUCAUAGGAGCAGUGGAAGUGGGGAGGCAUCCUCCAAAGAGCCAGCCUCCUCUUUGAACCAGGAAAUGGCAUUGAACUCCAGUUCUCAUCAUCAGUCAACCUCUCAGUCGGCACAUCAUCACCAUCAACCUUCAGUUAGCAGUAGCAACCAUCAUGGCUCUAUGCAGUCCAACUCUCAGAUUCCAGUUUCUCUUCCUGGCCUUAAUCUAGACGGGGCGCAUAUCCCAGCGAGCGUUAGUCAUUUACAGGCAGCACACGCGCAAAUGCAACAACAAAUGCAGGCUCAACAGCAGCAGCUGCACCAGCAGCAACAACAGCAGCCACAGCAGCAGCAACAACAGCAGCAGCAAUCUCAUCACCAAAUGCAGAAUCAUCAAAAUGCACAGAACAAUGGACCGACCUCACAUAACCAGAACACUCAGCGGGACGACAACAAAGUCAAGGACGAAGGCAGCUGUACCACCGAACGCUGUAGCGAUAAUCAGGUUCACUGUCAAGUUCAAUGCGAUCUUCAGUUACAACCACCACAAGACUUACAACAGAGCUUAAUGCAACAGCAGCAGCAACAACAGCAGCAGCAGCAGCAGCAGAUCGGCGUGAAUAUAAGCGGGAAUUCUUCGACCGAGGGUAGCAGCCAGAAUAAUUCGGAGAAACCAGAGAAGGAAAAGGAGUUGCGGCAACUUAAUAUGACGCAAUUUCAAGUUCCAGACUUAAAACCAGGUGGUCAUAUGAUGGACGUCAGAACGGCGGAUGGUUCGGUGGUCAAAAUUAGUGCGGGAAAUGAACAAGACUUAGCUAAAACACUGGGUGUUGAAAUGGUACAAAACAUGUACAAGGUCAAUGUCGAAGAUAUUAACCAGCUUUUAGCGUAUCACGAAGUUUUCGGAAAAUUGCAAAGUGAAAUUGCAGCUGGUACUACUUUGGUAGGAAGUACAGUACCUACUCAAACAGUUACCACCAUUCAAAAUGGUACACCGUUAGUGCAGCAAGUUCAGUUGAAUAAGUUUGACAUAAAAACUAGCGAUGGUGAAGCAACACCGGGUCCAAGUGCAUCGCCAGUUUCGGUUGGCAGCCAUGCCUGUGAGAUAUGUGGAAAGAUAUUCCAGUUUCGUUACCAGCUUAUAGUACAUCGUAGAUAUCAUACAGAAAGGAAACCAUUCACGUGUCAGGUUUGUGGGAAGGCAUUCUCAAACGCAAACGAUCUAACGCGUCACGGAAAAUGUCACUUGGGUGGAUCGAUGUUUACAUGCACUGUAUGUUUUCACGUCUUCGCAAAUGCACCUUCGUUGGAGCGGCAUAUGAAAAGACAUGCUACCGACAAGCCUUACAACUGUACGGUGUGUGGCAAGAGUUUCGCAAGAAAAGAGCAUUUAGAUAAUCACACCCGAUGCCAUACAGGCGAAACACCAUACAGGUGCCAAUAUUGCUCGAAGACAUUUACCCGAAAAGAACACAUGGUAAAUCACGUGCGCAAACACACUGGUGAGACUCCACAUCGAUGUGAUAUUUGCAAGAAGAGCUUUACUCGCAAAGAACACUUUAUGAACCAUGUUAUGUGGCAUACAGGAGAAACCCCCCAUCAUUGUCAAGCCUGUGGCAAGAAGUAUACGCGCAAAGAGCACCUCGCUAACCACAUGCGUUCACACACCAAUGACACCCCAUUCCGCUGUGAGAUAUGCGGUAAGUCGUUUACGAGGAAGGAGCACUUCACGAACCACAUAAUGUGGCAUACGGGUGAGACGCCGCACCGCUGCGACUUCUGCUCGAAGACGUUCACUCGAAAGGAGCAUCUUCUCAACCACGUUCGCCAGCACACGGGUGAGUCUCCACACCGAUGCGGCUUCUGCUCCAAAUCGUUCACCAGAAAGGAACACCUUGUUAACCACAUCCGCCAACACACAGGGGAGACGCCCUUCCGUUGUCAGUACUGUCCAAAAGCAUUUACGCGGAAGGAUCAUCUGGUGAACCACGUCAGGCAGCACACGGGUGAGUCACCGCACAAGUGCCAGUAUUGCACCAAAUCCUUCACGAGGAAGGAACAUUUGACCAAUCACGUGCGUCAACAUACAGGCGAAUCGCCACAUCGAUGCCACUUCUGCUCAAAAUCAUUUACUCGUAAGGAGCACUUGACGAAUCAUGUACGAAUCCACACUGGCGAAUCUCCGCACAGAUGUGAAUUUUGUCAGAGGACGUUCACUAGGAAAGAACACCUCAAUAAUCAUCUCCGUCAACAUACCGGAGAUUCUUCGCAUUGUUGUAAUGUGUGUUCGAAACCAUUUACGAGAAAGGAACAUCUCGUAAAUCAUAUGCGCUGUCAUACCGGUGAACGUCCAUUCGUGUGCACGGAGUGCGGCAAAAGCUUCCCAUUGAAGGGUAACUUGCUCUUCCACAUGCGUUCGCAUAACAAAGGAAGCAACGCCGAGAGACCAUUCCGUUGCGAUCUCUGCCCCAAAGACUUCAUGUGUAAAGGACACUUGGUCUCUCACAGACGAUCCCAUUCGGACGAACGUCCACACAGCUGUCCAGAUUGCGGCAAGACUUUCGUUGAAAAAGGAAACAUGUUGAGACAUUUGCGAAAACACGCUGCCGAAGGGCCACCGACGCAGGUUAGCACACCGUCUGCUAUUCCACAAUCUGGAGUUUUACCUAUACCAACCGCAGCGGUUUUGGUUGGACAUCCAUUGGCACCACCAGCUCCACCAGUUGUCCCACAACAUACCGUGGUAGUACCAACACCACCUGGAGUUCUAACAUCUUAUUAAACCAAACUCGAAAAUAAGAAAACGUCAAGAGAAGAACCGUAACGGCGAUGGAGCUUUCUCAAGGUUGUUAUUAUCAGUGUGUUUGACGAAUACCGAGAGAGACUGUGUUCCAGGUGUUUAUGCAAACUCGAAAUCAUAAUCACAAGAACACAGUACUCUAUUUCUAUCUGUUUUUUCAUUUGGAAAGUGUCGUUACGUGAUGAAAAUUACUUGGGACUAUGAUUCUUCGACAGCAGCUAAAAAAUUACCUUAAUUUUGAAAAUUAAGGUAUCGAACUUUGAACAAAGGAGAAAACGAAGCACGAUCGUGUUCUACAAGUAUCUUAUCAGUGUAUAAACAACACUGAAAGAUUUUUCAAUAUUAAAUACAUUUUGCGUGUUGUCGGCGAUAGAUUAUCCAAAGUUUGAAUUUGUUUCUAUAUAUCUUUGUAUGAUAAAUAUAAUAGAUUUAUAUAAGUAUAGAUACAUAUAUAUAGAUAUAUAUAUGUAUAUAUAUAUAUAUAUAUAUAUAUAUAUAUAUAUAUAUAAUUUACGAUUUCAUAAUUAGAUUUUUUGUGCAAAUGCAGUGCUCAGAACUUCUUCUUCUUCUUCAUCUUCUUCUUCUUCUUCUUCUUCUUCUUCUUCUUCUUCUUCUUCGUAAUUCACCGAUGCUCAUAUUAUGUUUUAAUUUAGUAGUUUUUACAGAGAGUUUAUUAACUAUUAAUUACAACUUUUAUACGUCGUGUGAUCAUUUCACUUCAAUUCCAAAGUUUUUCAUUUCUUCGGAUGGGUAUUCCUUUUGAUUGUGUAAGAAGAGAAGAAAGAGAAAAGCUAUAUCGUGAUACGUACCCAUCUACUUCUAAAAGAAUCAGUCAUUUUAAGAAUAGGUGCCGUUACUGCCACUUCGAAAUCAAACAAAGAAACAAUUGAUCACAAUGAUGAGCUUCUUGAAAUGCAAUAUUAAGAAACUUUUGUUUCACUUGUAUUUUUAUUUUUAUUUUAUUUUAUUCUAUUCUAAUCUAAUCUAAUCUAAUCUAAUCUAUUCUAUUCCAUUCUAUUCUUUUUUCAAUUAUAAAUUUAACGACGAAAAUUAAAGUUAAAUUAAUGUACUCCGCGAUUAAGGAAAAUAAAAAGAAAAAAGAAAAAAAAGAAAAAAGAUUUAUGUUACUUUGUUACGCGAAUUGUCUAAAUGGAUAAAGAACGUGACAGAGAAGGAACGGUCCUACGUCUGGAAUAUUUCACAUGGAUUUAAAACGUUUUGAUUUGAUGUAAGCUUAAAGAAUGAAAGCAAAAAAAAAAAGGAACAAAAGGUUAUAUGACUAUAUUGUUCAAGUGAAGAGAAGGGGAUUAAUUACGCGGUGCAUUUUAUACGCGUAAUACAUUUUAUACGAAUUUAGAUGGUAUAUAUUCGGAUAUAUAAAUACACUCUUAGAGCUAUCGUCGGGACUUAGAGAUAAUAAAUACUUUCGUUAGUUUUAAAAUCUGUUGCGAGAUCGAGUGCAAUAUGGCUAAGCCUUUUUCCGCUUAAUAUAUGAAUCCGUAACAGUUACCUUUCUCUCUCUCACUCCUCGCUCUCUCUCCCUCCCUCCCUCCCUCUCUCUCUUUUAUUUACUUUUCUCUCUCUCUCUCUCUCUUUUAUUUACUUACUCUUCUCUCUCUCUCUCUCUUUCUCUCAUUCACUUACUCUCCUCUCUCUCUUUAUCAAUCUUUAUCUAUCUUUAUCUAUUUUCUCUCAUUCACACUCCCCCACCCCCUCUCUUUCUGAUACUGGAAAUGUUGUAUUGAUUUCGAGCGAAUAAAUAUAACCGAUAAGCGUCGACAACUUAACUAAGUUUUACACAUACACGGGGAAUAGACUGUUACAUUAACAAAAAUAAAUAAAUAAAUAAAUCAGGGAAUUCGGUUAUUAAAUUUAAUUCGCAACGAUCGAAGUAAAAAAAAAUAAAAAAAAAAAAUAAAACAUACAAAGAAAAAGAAGCACAUUUUGUAUCGUCUUAUCUAAAAAAACAAAAAAACAAAAAAACAAAAAAAAACAAAAAGGACAAAAAAAAUAUAUUCUCUCCUGAUAACACUAGCGAUCAUUGUAUAAGGCCAUAUAUAUUUCAUAUUUACUAUUAAGAUAAAUGGAAACGUGCACUUGUUAGUGUGACAUCACUGACAUUUAGUUACCACGUUGUCUUAACGCAAAACGGACUUUUUAUUAGAUGAUAAUGCGUCUGAUUUGUAAAAGAGAAAAAUAAAUUAGGGUUUUAAGUGACUGUCACAUUGCCAGGUUUACAUUGAUUAUAAUUAUGUAUGAUAUAAUAUAUCAUUAAAAAUUAUUAUAUCUCGCGUACAUAUGUCGGUAUGGAGUUUACAUGCGUUAUAAUUACGUUCGAUGCUCUUAUUAGAGAUUUAGAAUUAAUAUAAUAUAUUACGAUAUAAAUAUAUAAAUAAAGAUCUAUAUAUAUAAAUAAAUAUAUAUAUAUAUAUAAAUAUAUAUUACUAAAUAUAUUCAAACAGUUAGAUAUCACUUACUAUUUUAAAAUAUCGAAAAAAAAAAUAUAAAACAGGGGACGACAAGCGCGCAGCAUUGGGGAGCUUUAGUCGCCCUGCGGCUAAAUAAUAUACAUACUUCGCUAAUGUUCUUCAGAGAAAAGAGAUAAGAAAAAAAAAAACUAUGUGAAAAGUUCCAUAACAGCGUGUGUGUCUAAUGUUUAAAAGAUGCGGAUAAAAAUAUAUAUAUAUGUAUAAUAUAUAUAAAUGCUCGUGCGCGCUUAUAUAUACACACACAUUACGAAUAGAGCAUAUAUAAACAUGAUGCGAUCGUAUGUCAAUGGACGAUAAAAACCGAUGAUCUAUGGGAUUAUUCAUAUCUCUGCUAUAUGAUAGUGUAAAGAAUUUAAAAACCCUAACGUUAACUUGUCACGGCCCCCCCCCUUACAUAUUACCGCUAGUAGAAUGUAACAUGGAAUAAAAAUUGAAAUAAUGUUUAUAUGAAUUAAUAAUAAUUAAUAUUAUAUAUAAUAUCAUACGUUUUAUAUAUAUAUAAAUAUAUAUGUAUAUAUAUAUAUAUAUAUAUAUAUAUAUAUAUAUAAACACACACAAGAAUAAAACACUAAGAGUUGGUUCAUGCUUUUAAGAAAAUUUAGUUGUGAGCUUGUUUAACAAAUAAAAAAUCGAUUAUAAAUAAAAAAGAAACGCAGCUGGCGAAAAUCAGAGACCCGUUUCUUCUCUAUGAGUCGAAGCGAAAUUCGUCGCGAGUUACACGCAAUUUACUUUGAAAAUAAUAUUGUGAGAUCAUUUUUGUCGACGUUUUCUUCUUUUCUUUAUUGUCGUCAACAAAUAUUGUUCUCCUUUCUAUUUCUGUUUCUUCUCUUCUGUUUUUUCUUUCCUUGUCUCUUCGAAACUGCGUUAACCCGCUGUACUAUGAUUUAAGUCGUAAUGGCACGUGCCAAAGUUGCUGUCAAUGUUGCUCAUCCGUUUGUAAAAAAUCGAACCAAGAGUUUCAUUCUGGUUUCUGAUGUCUGACUCUUAAAGUAUGUAGCACGUGUUUCGGACGAUAUUAUAGGGCAAGAGGUUAACAUUCUUUUUCCAUUGAUAUCGUAUGAACUCUGCGACUAGAAAAAUGCUUGUACGUCAUAGCUUCGACUCAAAGCGAAAUAUGGUGAAGGAAAGUUUUCAGAAUAUGAUUUACUUUAGAUAGAACAAAAUAUUAUGUAUAGAAUUUUAUUAUGCACCAUUGUAAUAUUAUGUAUCCCAGUUGUGACACAAUAUACACUGGUGUUAUGUUAAAUGUGACAA